AUGAAGGAAUCUAUUAGAGAGCGUAGCGAUAACGAGAGAGAUUCUGCUAUGGGAAUGAUGUUGCGCCAGCAACUUGGUAGAGUUUCGGUAGCAUUUGCCUCUAAGGACUUGUGCGCGCAGCUGUCGUGGCUGAAGCAGCAGGACCUCCCAGUCUCGUGCGCUCAGAACGACAACUCGGUGAGUCACCCGCAGCCGUCUCAUGUCCUCCCUGCCGUCUCGUAUCAUCUGCCGUCUAUUUUUGCCCACAGUACAUGCGACUGCCUCUCCUUCUCUCUCGUCCUCAUCUCCCAGUCUCGUGCGCUCAGAACGACAACUCGGCGAGUCACCCGCAGCCAUCUCGCGUCACCCGCAGCCAUCUCGCGUCACCCCUGCCGUCUUGCGUCAUCCCUGCCGUCUCAUUUUCGCCGUCCAUACUGCGUGAGCAGCGACCAGCUGUGCGACGGAACUGCGGAUUGCAACGACGAGAGCGACGAGCUGCCGUGGGAGUGCGGAGGGUACGAGGACGGCUGUCCGCCUGACAUGAUUGCCUGUCCAGUCACAACCAUAUCUGCCAAGCUAUGGUGCAUCCACCCAGCUGCAGCAUGUGACGGUUCUACCGACUGCCCCUUCAGCGCCGAUGAGUGGCCGGGAUUCUGCGUGGACUUCAACAGCAAAGCCACCUGCCCGAACUAUCCGAACCAAGUGCACUGCCCCGACGGCCAAAUCUGCGGUUCAGGCAUGGUGUGCGAUGGCGUGGCUGAUUGUCCGUCGGUGUCGGGAGGAGCGGGGACCGGAGGGGGUGGGGGAGGAGGAGGAGAAUUGGGAGGAGGAGCGAGUGGGGGGCUGUUCCCUUCGGAUGAGGAUCAGGAUUACUGUGCGGUGUACGAGUGUCCGGAUGGGUACUGGAAGUGUGGGAAUAUCGUGCAGUGCAUAGCUGAAACGCUCAAGUGUAACGGCGUGCAGGAUUGCAGCGAUGGGAGUGAUGAAACGGACUGCAGUGGCUCGGGUGGGAGCAACAGCAGUGACUCGGAUUCUUCUCAAGAUGACACGACCUCUUCUGGAAUUGACACGUCUGGAGAUGACACCAGUGGAGGAGGUGAUACAACUGGGCCCUCAGACGGAUCACCUGGAGAUGUAACGGGAACUGGAGCGGGAGGAACUGGAGCAGGAGGAACUGGAGCGGGAGGAACUGUAACGGGAGGGACGGUUACUGCUACUACACCUGUACCUCCCACACCCAAGCAGGUUCCCCCUCAGGUGAUUCCUGGUACAGGUUCAGUAAGCAAGGCGAUUGGCAACGCACAGGGUGCUGUUACCCAAGCAGCUAAUGGCGCAGCGAAGGCCAUUGGAGGGCUGGCGAAGAAGCUUAUAAAGGGGGGAAGUGCGAGAAAGAAGAAAGUGAACCCAGGGGUUGUGCCAGGAGCAGGGGGAGCUGCAGCGAGCGGAGCAGCAGGUGGUGUCGGAGGAGGUGAUACGCCAGGUGGAACCUCAGGUGAUGCCUCAGGUGAUACCUCGGGUGAUGCCGCAGUUGACGGUGCAGGUGAUUCGUCAGGCGGUGCUUCAGCUGAUGGUUCUGGUGAUGCUUCAGGUGAAACUUCAGGGGGAAACAGCGGCACUGGUACUGGCACAGGAACCUCCUUGGUUGGUGCUCAGAGCAGCCCGACAGGCAGCAGUGGCAGUAAGAAUGGUGGUUCUAAAUCAGGGACUGCGUUUACCACUCGCACCGUUGCAGAACCGAAUCUCACUCCUUCCGACCCCUCAGCUGGGACAAGUGGGGGCAAGAGGGGAGGAAACGCAGCGUGGAGCGGACAGGAUGGGAUUAGAAGUCAAAGAAGAAAAAGAAGAACCGGGAGGGAUUCUGGGCGUGGGUGA